UUUCGAGUCGUCGCCUGCUUUUCGAGCUCUCCGUGUACGCUAAAAUCGCGUUGUACACAGGUCCACGUGUGUACGCAAUCCAGAGAGAAAAAGGACACGCGAAUCGGAUCGAAAAUCGAGAGAGAGCGAGAGAGAGAGGAGAGAGCGAGGUAGAAUAGCAGUAGCUCCCUCGGCGCGCCACAUACUCUUGCUUGCUUGCUUGUGCGAUAUCGGAGAUAGUCGGCUGCGCAUAUUGAUUGGUCUUUCGAAGCUUCGCUCGAGGUGGCGCUUGGGUGCUCUCUUUGGGGGAGAAAGAGCAAGAGAGAGAGAGAGAGAGAGAGAGAGAGAGCUCGGCGCUCUGGGGGCUGUUUUCUCUGAUCGAUCGCGGAGUGACCCAUAUAAUCUAUAGCUCUCGCGACUCUCGGCUCCCCCUACUUACACCUGCCUGCCGUCUAGCCGAGCGCCCCCUAGCGGCCGCCCUAAGCGAGACUCGUCAGCGUUUAACUAUAUACUAUAUCUCUCGCGGCUCGCGCACACACGACACAGUGGAAGCAGCUUUCGGCCGGAGGGACGAGAACUGCUCUCUGCUCGCGCGCGCGCUCUGCCUGUACUCGCGCUUCUUCGGAGGGUAGUGGUAGUCUCGUCGUCGUCGUCGUCGUGGCCGCGCGCGCGCGAGAGAGGAUGUCGUGGUCGCUCUCCUCGGGACGAUAGUGUACGAGAGAGAGAGAGAGAGAGAGAGAGAGAGAGAGAGAGAGAGAGAGAGAGAGAGAGAGAGAGAGAGAGAUAUUCUGCUGUCCGUCGCGCGAGUGCGCGGAUUAUGCCUCCCGCAGGUGUGAGUGUCGUGCUGCAUGUGUGAAAGCUCGUAUUCCGCUCGGCUGCGGCAACAUAGCGCUGAGGAUAUAGACGAGGACGAGGAGGAGGAGCAGGACAGGCAGCGAGAGAGAGCAGCUUCUAGGCGCACACGUACCAGCAACCCUGGCCUGCCACAAUCCUUUCGACUCGGUCAUCUGCUGUGGCGUCGGCGGUGGCGCGUCCACGGCACCCCAGCUGCUGGGCUCUGGCGGCAGCAGCGGCGCUGCUGCAGCAGGCACCGGCGGCUCCAGGGUUAUCUCCAACAUGCAGGACCCCGUGCUCGAAAACAUCCUCGAGCAAAUGCGCGAGACGGAGGCUCGCCGAGCCGACCUCGAGCGCCAGCAUGCCGAGGCUCAGCACCAUCUGCGCGAGAAGAUGGCGGGCAGGUAUCAGGGGCCCGAGUCCGUCGAGGCGCUGCAGUCGAAGAUACGCGAGCUCGAGAAGAAGACCGAGUUGCAGAUGGUACGUCACGAGGAGCUCAGUCUUGAGCUGACCAGCCUGAAACGCGCUCGCAGCCGUGGACCCAGUGCCCUCGGCAGUCAUCACGGGGCUGGCGCUUCCUCCUCGAGCAGCACUAUGCAGGCCACGGCCACCUGGCCGCCGGCCGGCUCCGACAUCGACCGGAUCAUGGCUAAGAUCGAGCAGGACAGCGGUAGGAUCCUACACGAGCUCGAGCACUCGCGAGGCGCCGUGACGACGCAGCAGCCGAUGUCCCAGAGCCUACUGAGGUCCAGCGCAGAGAACCUCCCGAACCUCGGACAGCACCAGCAUCAGCACCCGCCACAUCCGCACGCGCUCAGUCUCGGCAUGCAGCCCUCUCACCUUUCUCACCCGUACGCGGGCUCCCCGAUGCCACUGACGCCGAUGAUGCCGGGCUGCCCGCCAUUGACGCCGAACGGCCCACCGUACCACUACGGCGACCCCAUUCCGCCGGCGCCUUCGUCGCUCUCCACUAGCCAGUCCCAGCCCGCCUUCCAGCAGAAGCAGCCACACCAGUACCAACCUACCCAGCAGCAGCCGACGCAGCAGACGCACAGCAGCCACUACUCGAGCAGCCAGUACCAGGAGAGCUACCCGCACACGCAGACGUAUCAGCAGCCCAUCGGCCCGAGCUUGCCGAGCCAGUCGAGCCAGCAUCCGACCUCCUCGACGUAUCUGCCCACCGUCAGUCAGAGCAGUUACCAGCUCAACGGCACGCAGCCGCAGAGCACGACCUUCUCGAGCCUCAGUGGCGCCAACACCUCGCAUCCGAGCAGCAGCUAUACCAGCUCGGUCCAGCCGCAGUACAGCACCCAGCUGAGCCAUCACAACUACUCCGUGCCCCAGGCGAAUCUGCCCUCGAGCCUCGGCACCAGCCUGCAACAGCCCUACUCGAGCUCGAGCUAUCACGCGAGCCUCCCCGGGACCCUCAGCAGCGUGUCCCAGUCUGUGCUUCCCUUCUCCUCGACCAGUACGAGCACCUUCUCCACAGCCAACGUUGGGACCACCGCUUUCGGCAGCUCGGCUGCCACUACGGGCUCGGGCCUGCUGCAGACGAUAGGGGACCCGCUGCACGCGAUGCAGCAGCUCUCCGUCCAGUCGCAGGCCAACCAGCUGCAACAGCAGGCGAUAAUCCAGCAGAUCCAGCAGAGCUUGCGCGCGAGCUCGCCCAGCCCGGCGGGCGCGAGCAGCUCGGUCGGCCAUCACUUCCUCGGGCCCCGACAGAUGCCCAAGAUCCCGACGAGCAUCCUGACGAACCCGCUAGACCGGCUGGACCGGCUAACGAGCGCGGACACCGCGGCUCUCGAGGGCCAGGUCGACAUGCUCGACAUACCGGGCAAGGGCCGCUGCUACGUCUACAUCGCGAGGUUCACCUACGAGCCAUUCCAGCACUCGCCGAACGAGAACCCCGAGGCCGAGCUGCCCGUCCAGGGUGGCGACUACCUUCUCGUCUGGGGUCAGCCAGACGAGGACGGCUUCCUCGACGCGGAGACCCUCGACGGUCGGCGCGGUCUCGUCCCGGCCAACUUCGUCCAGAAGCUUGUGGGCGACGACCUGCUCGAGUUCCACCAGGCUGUCCUGGGCUUGCGCGACGUCGACGAUGCCGUCUCGACGAAUAUACCCCAGACGUUGCGCUCCUGUUCCGUUACGAAUUCCAAGAGCGCAAAGAGCGCCGAGUCGGGAUCCCAGCAAACCCUCGAGGCUUGUUACUUGCAGGACAUAGACCUGGAGCUGGCCGCUCUGGAGGAGGGCAACCGCAACCGUCAAGCGGAACUGUCCGCGUAUGCGGAACUCGAUCAGAUCGCCGACGAAGACGAGCAGGAGCCACCAGAAGUCUACCUGUUUUCGGACCUAGUUCCGGCGCCCCAGCACCUGACGCUCGAGCGUCAACUGAACAAGAGCGUGCUCAUCGGCUGGACGGCCCCGGACAAUCCUCACCAGCUCGAGUCCUAUCACGUCUACGUCGACGGCGUGCUGAAGGUGACAGUCAAGGCCACCGAGCGAACCCGCGCGCUCGUCGAGGGUGUCGACUCCACUCGGACGAGCAUGAACUAUUGGUUGCAGCCACACCGGAUAAGCGUGCGCUCGGUUACGCACUCGCGGCGAACGUCCCGUGACGCCGCCUGCACGAUGGUCAUCGGAAAAGACGUGGCGAUCGGCCCGACGGCGGUUAAAGCCUCGAACGUCACUGCUACCUCGGCAGUGAUAUCCUGGCUGCCGAGCAACAGCAAUCACCAGCACGUCGUGUGCGUCAACAACGUCGAGGUGCGCACCGUCAAGCCGGGCGUCUAUCGGCACACGAUAACCGGCCUGGCGCCCUCGACCAUCUACAGGGUCACCGUCAAGGCCAAGAAUCUCAGAGCCACGCACUUCGAGGACCAAAAUGCUCAGUCGGCCAACAACCAAGCCUGCCACGUUCACUUCAAGACGUUGCCCAAGGGACUGCCCGAUCCUCCGGUCGAUAUCCAGCGGGUGUCUGUGACUCAGGUGGAGGCUGGACCGCAGGACGGCACUUUGCUAGUGACCUGGCAGCCUGUUGCCCUAAACGGUUCGGCAGUCACCGGUUACGCGGUUUACGCCGACGGUAAAAAAGUCACGGAUGUGGACAGUCCCACGGGCGACCACGCGCUAGUCGACAUACACAAGCUGAUGGGACUCAAUCCUAAGCAUAUCACUGUAAGGACCAAGAGCAGGGAGAGCCAGUCCGGAGACAGCUGCGCCACAGCGAUACCCUGCAGCGUCCUCAGAGGUGGCCCCGUUCACAUGCAGCAGCAGAACAUUCACAACAUGCAGAACGACCCGUCGCACCAGAUGCACCAGCAGAUGCAGGAUCAGUCGGGUAUGAUAAUGGGCCCGAGCGGUCAGGUCAUGCACGAUCCCAAUCAACAGAGGAUGAUGAGCAACGUCAUGGCUUCGGGUCCUCAUGGCCAACAGAGAUACUCGCAGAACCCACAAUCCAUACCUGCCCACAUGAGGCGCCAGCACACCAGAAUUGACACUCACGGCCAAGUCAUCAUUGAGACUGACGAGAACUUGUCUGACAAGGAGAUCUAUCCCGGCCAGACGGUCUCUCAAAUGGGUCCACCAGAGAUAACAAAAGACUCGGCGAGCGAGGCGAACUACAGCGAAGAGGAAGGGGAGACCUCUCGACGUGGUGCUCAUAUGUCCCAUCAAGGAAGUCCCAGUCAGCAACACCAUCAGAUGCAAAUGCAGCAGCAACAGCAUCAUCACCAACAAAUGCAGCAUCAUCAGCAGCAGAUGCAGCACCAUCAGCAACAAUACCAUCAAAUGCAUCCACAGCAACAACAGCAGCAGAUGCCACCACAGUCGCAGCAACAGCAGCAUCUGCAGCAGCAUCCGCAGCAACAGCAGCGUCACGGACCGCCACCUGGUCAGGUUGGCCCUGGACCAGGUCAGCAAGGCGGCGCCAGGCCCAGUAGGGCUGUGGCCAGUGGCCCAAGACCUCCUCAAGACCAACAGUACUAUGAACAAUCACCAUCAGGAGGCCAGCAAAGAAGAGGAGGGCCCAUGUAUAGAGGAGGACCCAUUAACCAGGCUCAGGCUGGUCCUCAUCGUAUGCCUGCAGGUGUUCAACAAGCCAACAAAAGAACGCGCUGGUUUGUUGCUAUUUUCGACUAUAACCCGACAACUAUGUCACCGAACCCGGAUGCCUGCGAGGAGGAGCUGCCCUUCUCUACGAAUGACAUUAUCAAGGUUUACGGAGACAAAGACUCAGACGGGUUCUAUUGGGGCGAGUGCCACGGCAGGCGCGGAUACGUACCACACAACAUGGUCGAGGAGGUGAAGGAUCCGAAUCAAAUAGCCCAAUUACAAGCUCAAUCGGGUCAAGUAGGUGGCCCCGCUGGUAGAAGAGGUCAGAUGCCCAAUGAUCGCUGGGGUGACAUCUACGCGAGCAUGCCGGUGAAGAAGAUGAUCGCCCUGUAUGACUACGACCCACAAGAGUUGUCGCCAAACGUUGACGCAGAGCAAGUGGAGCUGAGCUUCCAAACGGGGAACGAGAUUUACGUCUACGGCGAGAUGGACGACGACGGCUUUUACAUGGGUGAGCUGGACGGGGUACGCGGUCUGGUGCCGAGCAACUUCCUCACCGAAGCCCCGGGCCAGGCUCAGGGUCCGAUGGGUCCGGGAGGCCGAAGAGGCCCCGGUCCAGGACAGGGUCCCGGGGCGAGGGGCCCACCUCCCCCGCCUCGGGAACCGCCUGGCCAUCGCCGUAACAAAGAUGCCUGCAUUGUGCCUGUGUCUGUCCCUGUCUGUCACUUAGACUCUAGACAACUACAACAACCACUAAUGAACAACCAACAACCACAUCAACUACAACAAUAUCAACAAAACAAUCCACCGCAUCUAGCGUACCAACAAGCGAAUCACCAUAGCUACACGACCGUUACCACGUCCAAUCAACAUGGGCCCGGUCAUCCGCCUAACCAAGGCGGACCCAUGGGUCCCCAUAAUCAGCCUGGCCAAAUGCCGCCCCAUAUGCAGCAGCAGGGGAGGGGGAGAGGCGCGGUCAAUCGGGCCGGUGGUAGUAACAUGCCGGGAGGUCCCCAAGGCAUGCCGGGCCAGAUGCAGCAGCAGCCGGGUCAGCAGAACCAGCCGUACGGCCAGCAGCAGCAGCAGCAGCAGCAGCAGCAGCAGCAGGGCCAGAUGGGCCAGAUGGGGCCGAUGGGGCCCAUGGGCCAGAUGGGUAAUCAGGGCGGCUACCAGCAGCAGCAACACGGCCCGGGCCAGGGCUUCGGGCCGCAGGGCCAGCAGCAGAUGCAGGGCCAGCAACAGAUGCAGGGCCAGCAGCAGAUGCAGGGCCAGCCGCAGAUGCAGGGCCAGCAGCACAUGCAGGGUCAGCAGCACAUGCAGGGCCAGCAGCACAUGCAGGGCCAGCAGGGCCAGCAGCAAUACGGGCCGCAGGGCCAGGGCGGCCUAAUGUCCGGCAUGCAGGGUGGGCCCCAGCAGAACAAGCCGAUGCGCGGCAUUCCCGCCGUCAUUCCCACCGCUCACUCGACGAAUCCCCAGCAGCAGCAUCAGCAGCAGCAACAGCAGCAGCAACAGCAGCCGGGCGCGGGUCCCAAUCUCAUGCAGAAGUUCACCGAGAUGGCGGGGGCCAGCGCCGGCGGCGACAUUCUCUCCAAGGGCAAGGAGCUCAUCUUCAUGAAAUUCGGACUGGGCAAGUGAGUUCGAGUAGCCGGGCGUGUGACAGCGACAGGCCCGUCUCAGCAACUACUCCAACUGCUACCACUUGCACGACUCAUUGCGCCAGCUAAUUAUCGCUGCAUCAUUAUCGGGCUGCAGAGAAUAAUCGAUGCUUUGCCAAUCAGUAUUAAUUGUAACAUUGUACACAUUGCACAUUGCUCAUCGAAGACAUAUCGCGCUCCCGCACGCGUUUAUCGAGGCUGCGGGAGUUAAUAAUCGUCGAUGUUGGGAAUUAUAUAGCUAUGGUAUAUAUAUAUAUGAAAAAUGCCACCGUUUAAGGCUGGCGAAGCGACGCGCGACACACAUUUACACGCGAAUAAAACUACAUACAUUAUACAUACGUAUACAUGCGCAUAUAUUAUAUAUAUAUAUAUAUAUAUAUAUAUAUAUAUAAAUUAUAUAUAUAUAAUUAUAUAUAUAGAGGAAGCUCAAACUUGAAUCAUUAUGAAUCAUUCUAUAUAUAGGUAUAGGCGUGCGCGCGCGAUGCUCUAGACCAAAGACACGCAAGAGUCUCGUAUAUACAUGAAUAUGUGUGUGUGUAUAUAUAUAUAUAUAUAUAUAUAUAUAUAUAUACACACAUACACAUACACCCACGAACACACAGAUACACCUACACACUCACAAACGCGGUAAAUAUGUUAUAUAUAUACAUAUAUGUAUCGACGGGGAGAAACAAUAUAUAAAUAUAAAAAAUGACAAACGCGCGGUGUCAUUUUAUCAAUUCGUUAAGGCAAAAUCGCUGAAAUGCUGCUGCUAACUGCCGAUGUGAUGCUGGCUAGUAUAUAUAUAUAUAUAUAUAUAUAUAUAUAUAUACAAUACGAUACUACGCGUAUAACGAUGAGCGUGAGAAAUUAAUCGUUUAUCCGUCUGGUACGAUCAAUCAUAUUCGCAUGAGUUUAUCGUCCGAGAUUUUUAAUGACUGAAAUAAACAAAACAAAAAUGAUGUAGUCGUGCACGCUGCACGCCGAGUGCUCGAGUUUAAAAACGGCGCGCGAUGGAAAGAACGUUCAAUAUCUUCCCUUUCCUUCAUUUGAAUUUCGGAUGAAUAUCGGCUUUCUGAUUCCUGAGAAAAGAGAGAAAGAUGGUCGGAGAGUGAAUUUUUAAAAGAUCGAGACAAUGCGUCCCAUUAUUUUAUAUUCAUUAUUAUUCAUGGACUGACUCUCAUCGAUCGACUAACAAAACAAAAGUAGGCAACGCGAAAAAGUUAUAUAGAGACUAUUAUAAGUAAAAGCAGAGCGCGAGCUCACUCGCAGUGCAGCGACGACGAGAUCGGGACCUCGGACGAUUGGAGUAUAGCGCGGUGGCCGAUUGAGACUUAGUUAUAUCGAUUAGCCAGAUAGAUAGUGAUUAUUUAGUAGGAAAAAUGACGGACGGGAGGCGGGCGUGCCUUGAGAUGCCUCAAACCCUGACACAAACAAUAAUCAUAUCUUAUAAAGUUUAAUGCAGUUAUGAUUAUUUUAAAAUGAUGAAAACUUAUCGCGAUUAUAAAGCGAGCAUACGGUGCAAAUGCAGACGAUUAUCUUAAUUAUUAAAAAAGACAAAAAACAAAAUAAAAAUAAAAACAAAAAACGCUAUCGUGCGAAAUAUUGUGAGAAUGAGAGAGCGUCUACACGAGCGGACAAGUAUACAAGAGCUAAAUUAAUCGGAACUUAAGUAUAUCGUGAAAUAAUAAUGAGUGUGUUCCUCUGUGAAUGAUGACUACUGAUGACGACGCAAAAAAAUACAUAUAGAUAAAGUAAAUAAAAAAAGGAUUCAAUAAACUAUGGGAUGCGGAGAAUCAAAUAAUGGAAAUAAAGUAUCAGCGCAAGUAAAAAUAAAAAUAAAUCACUGUUAGAAGGGCGAAAGAGAAAAUGACGAGGCUGGCGACGUCGCUCUUCGCAUAUUAAUCAUUCUAUAUAUAUAUAUAUAUAUAUAACAUUGUACUUAUUCGAGAUAAACCGUUUAUUUGUAUGCGGCAACGAAUGCCUUUUGCAAUCUUCUAUACUAGCGCAAAUUUUUCUAUAUAUACUUUCGAUCUCAUAAGUUAUUGUUAAAAAAUUGACAAACAUUAUAAUCACUCCGCUAUUGAACAAGUUCUCCCGUGUUAACGACGACAGAUGUAUACUAGCUCUAUAAAUGAAAAUGCCGUUGGUCUGCGACUAACUGUAAAAAAUCGUUCUGAACCGAAGUAAAAUAUUUCUAUAUAGUUUCUCUGAGAGGAUAGAUAAAAAAAUGUAUAUUAAAUUGUUAAGCGAAGCUAAUUUUAUUAUUUACGUAUAAUUGCGUUAAUUUAAAACGAAUUUUUUUCAAGUUAGAAUAACCAUGUUUAAGUCGUUUAGCUACACCAUUGAUUCUGCGCAUCAAAUCAAUUGUAGCACAUGAAAUUGUUGCAUCAAGAUGACCUCUCCAUUAUACAUUUUACUAAAAUUCAGUUAAAUGCGUGUAUGAAUUUCACCAAGUAUAUAAAUUUGCGAAUGUCGAGACAUAAUAUAUAUGUCGAUUAUAAAACGACUAUCAUCGUUAUAGCUCUAUCGAAUUCUUUUAUUACUUAAUGACCUGUGCUGUCAUCAGAGUAUUAAGAUUCUAUGCAAAGUUAAGAAGGAAUAAUUAAGUUUAAAUUGGAUGACCGAAGUUGUAAAUCGAUUAACCUCGUUAAUAAAUAUAACUAUUCGAAGGAUAGAAAUUGCGAAAGCGAUACGCGUUUGCUGCGUUUUAUACGCGUGUGCGUGUAUCAAUGAAAAUUAUAUAAUAAUGACUUAUAAAUAAUAUACAUAUAAAACUAUACAUAAAAACAUAUACAUAUUAUACAUACUAUACAUACUUACGUGUAUGUAUAUAUAUAUAUAUCACUAUUGCAAAUCGUUGUUACAUCGCUACUUGUAUCGUAUUUUGUACAAAGUAUCCUCUAUAUCUUUAGUUCUCUUUUGCCGAUGUUAACUGCAAUGAGUAUAAAGAAGAACAUAAUAAUUGACGAAAUUAACGUGAAUUUAGUGAAUAAAAAAAAGGUGAGAAUAAAACGUGGUGAUCAUUAUUGAAAUAAAACUUCUUCGCGUGCGAUAUAUAAAAACAACCAAUGGGCUUUGAUGAUAAUCUCGCAGAAAGUUUAAAAAUAAAAUAAUAAAUAUUUACAAAAAAUCGGCACAGUGUGGCUGCAUAUUUCAUGGAUCAUAUUAUUAUGAUCAUAGGCUGUAAUUAAUUUGUUGUUACGUUGACUGGAAACGGAUAUAUAUUAUAUAUGCAAAUAUAAAAAACUCGUCAAUUUUGAAAACGUUCGAUCUUUGCUCGAUAUUAUACAUAUAUAAACAAAGUUAAUAACAGAGAUGGUUUAAAACGUAUUGAAUAGGGAUUUUAAUUGCUAAUUCAUUGAAAUUUUGAUCAAUUUAUAGCGCUACUGUUAUUUAGAGAAAAUAGCGCCUAUAUUUAAUUGAAAAAUGUUCUCGUAUCAUAGACGUCGAUUUUAUAAUUUCUAUGAUACGAUUUAUUUGCGGUCUUUAACGGUUAUAUUAUUUUUGGAUUUGAUGUUACAAAGAGGAUUUACCACUUAUUAGGGUUAUUUUAUCAGCAUGGCUUUAGAAGACUUCAAGUUUAAUAUUUUACGGAGUGCACUAUAAUUUUUUUUUUGUUUAUACGAUCAAAAAUAUUCAACUACAAAAAUGGUAGGGCAUACCUUGUCAGACUAUAUGCAGCAUUGUAGCAAUUUCUAAAAUAUUUCAACCUUUCAAAUACAUAUUCAAAUUUUCAUAUCGUUUCUCGCAUUUUAGUUAGCGAAACUUAAAUAAAAUUGUUAUUAUAAUAGCAAAGUAAUAGUAAAUUCAAAGAAUAAGCAGGACCCAAAUAAAAUGGAUUUGCCGCUUACGCGUUAUAAUAUACACAAGUAAAUAAUGUAUUGCCGCUGAUCUUGUUGAUAUUGUUGUACAUAUAAGUGUCUUUGAAUAUAUGCGCAAGUUUCGAAAAGAAAUAAGUACAAAGCGAACGGCUGAACUUGAAAAAAUAACACUGACGUUAUCGUGCAAAGAUAGAACGUCUAAAAAUUGAUAGGUGACACAGAGUUUGUGUGAAUUUCUUACUAUAUGUUGAACAAUAACGAAUAAAGCGUUAUAGUAAUGAGGUUACUACUAAAAAAUCGGAAAAAGACGAUUUUUGCCAUAGUAGUACAAAAGUCUGAUAACACCUUAAGGUCCAACAAUAAAGUUUUAUUUUUUAUUCAAUCGUAA